UCAAGCUGAUUGAAGCAAGAUCAAGAAUCUGAGAGCAAGGAGAGGCGAGGGAGUGACAUGCAACAAAAGACAAAAAGCAAUCGUACUUUCUAAAUGAAUAUAAGGCACUGUGUGACUUGUCAGUUAUUGGGUGGGGUUAAGUUCCCUCUAGUGAUGAUUUGAGUUACUGCACCUUUAAUUGUUUAAUCGGACCUGAUCGAAGCAGUCUGAAAAUGUGCUCGCCAGAAAUCCGGUUGUACUGACCUAGAAGUGGAACCAACAUUUUACAAAAACAAACAAAGACAAAACGAUUUCAGUAAAUCAGUCAACCUGGAAUCAAGCCUGCUCGUCUUUAUUGUUCGCUAUCUGUCUACAAUACCCCAGAAGUAUUAUCAGGACAGAAUAGUAAAAUGUUGACCACACAACGGAGAUAGGCAGCUGAAAUACGGUGAACAGCACACAGAAGCAAGCCAAGAUGAGCCACGCUGGUGAGGAGGACCGUCCGUCUCAGUUGGAGACAAGAUCUCGAGCCUCAACUUCACACAAAUCUUCCAGAGCAUCAACCCGGUCAUCUGUCAGCCUACUUGCAACAAGAGCCAGAGCUAAGGCUGAAUCAGCAAAAAUUAAAGUAUCCUUUGCUGAGAAGGAGGCAGCCAUGAUGAAACAAAAAGCAUCAUUAGAGGCAAAUCUUCAUGUGUUAAAGCAAGAGAAAGAAGCAACUGCAGCAUCAACAGAGGCAGCUAUAUAUGAAGAAGCUGCAGCAGCAGCAGCAGAGCUCGAUCAAAGGCAAAGUGACGCUCUUGGUGAGCUACAGGAUCUAGCACUUGAUGAUCCAGUGAGACGCACACAACUCUAUGUAGAAACACAGCGAUUCGAUGCACAUGCACCACAGUUGCAACCAAUCCCAACUCCACAGCAACAAAUUGCUUAUCAAGCACCUGUGAAUGAUCACCUUCCUAUCAAAAGAGAAGAAGAUUCCCUAUAUGAGUCCUUUGUUGAGAAAAAUGAACAUAGAUCCCCGACAGGUGGUCACAAUGUUUCUCAUUCUGCCCCAAAAACAUUUUUCCCAAAGCAGAAACAUUCUCCUGUUUCCCCUGACAUAGAAAGGAAAGACACAGCAGCUAAUCCUCCGGCCUCUCAUCCCAACCCGGGAAACAAAUACUUACCUCCAUCAACACAAACCCAUGUCUUGGCCCAGUAUCUCAUGAGGAAAGAGAUGGUGAGCUCAGGACUCCUUACCUUUGACGACUGCCCAGAAAACUACUGGGCGUGGAAGGCCUCCUUCCUAGCAGCCACAAAGGAGCUAAACCUCUCGGAGCAAGAAGAGCUCAACCUACUGAUCAAGUGGUUAGGGCCCAAGUCAUCAGCUCAAGCCAUGAGGAUUAGGUCUGUGCAUGUAAAUAAUCCUAGACUAGGUGUGUGGACGGUAUGGGAGCGCUUGGAGGAAACUUAUGGAAGCCCAGAGGUGAUUGAAAGUGCCCUAAUGAAAAGAUUGGAUGCCUUCCCAGUCAUCUCUAACAAAGACACACAUAAACUCAGAGAGUUAGGAGACUUGUUAAAAGAGCUACAAGCUGCAAAGUCAGAGGGAUUCUUGCCUGGACUCAUGUAUCUUGAUACAGCUCGAGGGGUGAAUCCAAUUGUGGAGAAGCUUCCAUUCUCACUGCGUGAACGCUGGAUGACUCAGGGAUCAAAGUACAAGGAGGUUUAUCAUGUGCCUUUCCCACCGUUCAGCUACUUUGUGGAAUUUGUAUGUUCCCAAGCUAAGACUCGCAAUGACCCCAGUUUUGCAUUCAAUCUUUCCUUUACUCCCAGUCAGUCAAAAGGUGAGAAAGACCAAAAACACAUCUACAAAUCCGCUGUAACAGUGAGGAAGACUGAUGUCACGGCCGCAGGUGGUGCAUCUCAGGACAGCACAUCUGUGAAGAAAACUGAACCGGAUAAAGAAUGCCCAAUCCAUAACAGACCGCAUCCGCUUACAAAGUGCCGGGGGUUCAGAGGAAAGCACCUGGACGAGAGGAAAACGUACUUAAAGGAGAACUCAAUCUGCUUUAGAUGUUGUGCCAGCAUCAAGCACAUUGCCAAAAACUGUAAGACCGCACUAAAAUGUAAAGAGUGUGAGAGUGACCAGCAUACCUCAGCGAUGCAUCCUGGUCCAGCACCAUGGUCGCCUCAUGGACAGACUGGACACUCACCUGGGAAUGACCAGAGCAGGGAGCAAGGAGGGGAGCAAAGCGGGGAGAGGGAAGCAGCAACCCCUGUUGUCACUUCUAAGUGCACAGAGAUAUGUGGCGAUGCACCCCAGCCUAGAUCCUGUUCCAAAAUCUGCUUGGUCAAGGUUUCCCACACUGACAAUCCAAGCAAUUCUCACAGAGUAUAUGCUGUACUCGACGACCAAAGCAAUAGGUCUUUAGUGAAAUCUGAGUUCUUCAGUCUGUUGGGUAUUAACAGCGGGGCAUCCCCCUAUACGCUAAAAACAUGCUCAGGCAGAGUGGAGACUGCAGGAAGGAAAGCAACCAAUAUCAUGGUGGAAUCUCUCAAUGGGAAGAUCAAGGUCACACUGCCCACACUGCUGGAGUGUGAGUACCUACCUGGUGACCGGUCAGAGAUCCCGACCCCUGAGUGCGCACAAUAUUUCCCUCACCUCAGACCAGUGGCAGACAAAAUCCCUGCACUUGACCACAGUGCACCCAUUCUUCUGCUACUAGGCAGAGACGUUUUGAGCUUGCACAAGGUGCGGGAGCAGCGUAACGGACCCCACAACUCGCCAUAUGCUCAACGCCUUGAUCUGGGCUGGGUCAUAGUGGGAGAGCUGUGUCUGGGUGGUGCUCACAAGACUCAGGAAGUCAAUGCUUAUAAGACCCAUGUCCUCCAAAAUGGACGUCCUUCCAUCUUUAAGCCCUGCACUAACAGCAUUCACGUCAAGGAGAGACUCAGUGAACCGAUUCAGUGCAGCCUUCAGUUCCUGACUCGCAGUGUGGAUGCCGUGCCAGAGACAUGUAGGGAUGGUCUUGGUGAAAGUGUGUUUCAGAGAACACCAGCUGACAACAAACCAGCCAUGUCAGUAGAUGACAGCGAGUUUCUGAGAAUAAUGGAUAAGGAAGUGUAUAUGGACAUUGAAAACCACUGGGUGGCGCCACUACCCUUUCAUUCUCCUCGUAAGCGCCUUCCAUGCAACAGAGAGCAGGCUGCUCCAAGACUCCAAUCCCUCCAACGCUCAUUCAGGAAGAAACCUGACAUGAAACAGCACUUCUUUGAUUUUAUGCAAAAGGUAAUUGACAACCACCAGGCUGAGCCAGCUCCUCCACUACAACUUGGGCAGGAGUGUUGGUAUCUGCCGACAUUUGGUGUAUACCACCCCCAGAAGCCGGGGAAAAUAAGAGUUGUUUUUGACUCCAGUGCGGAGUACAAGGGGAUAUCAUUAAAUGAUGUGCUUCUCAGUGGACCCAACCUGAACAACACGCUAAUAGGAGUGCUAUUACGGUUCAGAAGAGAACAAAUUGCUGCUACCGCCGACAUAGAGCAAAUGUUCUAUGGGUUCAAGGUCAGAGAGGACCACCGCCACUUCCUCAGGUUUCUCUGGCACAAAGACAAUGAUCCAGACAAGGACACCAUUGACUACUGGAUGACUGUGCAUGUGUUCGGCAACAGCCCGUCUCCAGCAGUAGCGACUUAUGGGUUGAGGAGAGCUGCAGAGCAAGGAGAACUUGAGUAUGGCUGUGAUGCAAAGGAGUUCGUCUUCAGGAACUUUUACGUCGACGAUGGGCUCACGUCAUUGGCCAAGGAGGACGAGGUAAUCGAUCUCCUACAGCGAACCAAGGCUCUGCUGGCGGAGAGCAACUUAAACCUCCACAAGAUAGCCUCAAACAGUCCGAGGGUCAUGGAGGCUUUCCCAGUGGAGGAACGAGCAAGUGACUUGAAAGAUCUCGAUCUGGGAGCAGACCCAUUGCCCCUUUAAAGGAGCUUAGGCCUGAACUGGGUGCUCCAGACUGACAG